CCGACAUGGACGCCGACAUCGAGAUCAGCAAGCAAGAGCCCACGUUCGAGUCUGUAGUUUCCGAGAAAGCGGCCCUUUACCAGGAGCUGCAAGAGGAGGACCUCUAUGUGAAGUAUAAGAAGCUUGCACGACACCUGGAGCUCCUCGAGAUCCAGGAAAGCUACAUCAAGGAUGAGCAAGCAAAUCUAAAGCGAGAACUCAUCCGCGCACAAGAGGAAGUCAAGCGCAUACAAUCCGUCCCACUGGUCAUCGGCCAAUUUCUGGAACCGAUUGAUCAACAUACAGGCAUUGUUGGAUCAACCACCGGGUCGAACUACGUCGUUCGCAUACUCUCCACUCUAGACCGCGAGCUCCUCAAACCUUCCUCCUCUGUCGCCCUCCAUCGUCACUCCAAUGCGCUCGUCGAUAUCCUUCCCCCUGAAGCCGACUCCUCGAUCUCUAUGCUUGGUAGUGAGGAGAAGCCCGACGUCACAUACUCGGAUGUCGGUGGUAUGGACCCGCAGAAGCAGGAGAUUAGGGAAGCAGUCGAGCUUCCGCUCACUCAUUUCGAUCUUUACAAGAAAAUCGGCAUCGACCCUCCUCGCGGCGUUCUUCUCUAUGGGCCACCAGGUACCGGCAAGACCAUGCUGGUAAAGGCAGUUGCGCAUCACACGACAGCGGCUUUCAUCCGAGUAAAUGGAAGUGAAUUCGUCCAGAAGUAUCUUGGAGAGGGCCCACGCAUGGUCCGCGACGUGUUCCGAUUGGCGAGGGAGAACGCGCCUGCCAUCAUCUUCAUCGACGAAGUGGACGCCAUUGCGACAAAACGUUUCGACGCCCAAACAGGUGCGGACCGAGAGGUCCAACGUAUCCUCCUCGAACUCCUCAACCAGAUGGACGGGUUCGAUCAGGGGAGCAAUGUCAAGGUCAUCAUGGCGACGAAUCGCGCGGAUACUCUCGACCCUGCACUACUGCGACCCGGUCGUCUCGAUCGUAAAAUCGAAUUCCCCUUACCAUCAAGGCGAGAACGGCGACUGAUCUUCCAGACUUGUACGGCAAAGAUGAACCUCGGGCCCGACGUGGAUUUGGAAGACUACGUUUCAAGACCGGACAGGCUAUCAUCCGCCGAAAUUGCGUCUAUUGUUCAAGCGGCAGGGCUGCAAGCCGUCCGCAAGAACCGCUACGUUAUUCUGCCCGUGGACUUCGAGGAGGCAUGGAAGUCAACGGUCAAACGCGCCGACGACACUCACGAGUUCUACCGGUGAUCCUCUGGGGCUUUGUCGAUAUGUUAUUACUUGUACAUCACGCUCGCAAUACGCAUAUAAUCCCGUCGCCAUCUUCCAGAGUUCCACUGAGAGAAAAUGGCCUCGUUGUGGCCUUCCUUGAACGCUCUAUCUCACUUUGGUGUCGCGACCUCGUCUUCCCUACGGCGCGAUGCUCAUUCUUCAGAGCGAGAUUGACUGUCCCGUUUCUUUAUUUUGCCCCCUUCGUCCUAUAUAUACGACGGAGGAGGUUCACACGCGGGGCAAAUGCCCU